ACCGAGAAGAAAGAAAGACAAUGCCAUACCUACCCACCUCGCAAUCCUACCUGGAACAAUCCUCUCUCCUCCUCCAAGCAUACCCAGACACGACCCGAAUCACAACAAAAUACACCUUCCCCUCCGCAUCCACGCCGUCGUCGUUAUCAUCACCAUCCACCCGCACCCAACAAUCCCACCCCCCGCCCUCAGAUCCCCAAGCAGGAGGACCACCGACAUCGACGCAAUCAAACGCAACCCUGACGCUGAAAACCUUCAACCCCGAAGCUGGGAUCUGUCUGAAGUACCAGACGAAUAAAGCCGCGGAGGUCGGGCGGCUGAUUACCUCGUUGGGAAAGUUAGCGGCCGGUGCGGAUGUGAGUGUGUUGGGGGGGUCGAGUGCUGCUGUUGCUGUUGGUGGUGGUGGUGCGGCGGGGGAUGUAGAGAUGGUGGAUGCUGGGGAAGAGGGUGUGGCUACGGCGACGGCGACGACGACGACGGCCGCUGGGAAGGGUGGGAAGUCCAAGAAGAAAAGUGAAAAGGGGAAGAAAUAAUAAAGUUAUGCAUAGCUAAGAAUGUCCUGAUUUGAAUCAUAUGGAUUAAUUACGUUACUGUAAUGUGAUAUGGGGAGAGUUAUUUUCAAAGUAGAUGGAACUCGUACAAGAGAAAGAUAUUAUUAUAACAGCGC